AUGAGUUCGAAUCCUGACCCUAUUCUGUCUUCUGAACGGCAGGAACGAGCGCUAGAAAUUCAAACGCUGAGCUUUAGUGUUCAGCAGGGCAAACAACCUGUGCAACAGAUCCUCAAAGAUUUGACAUUGCACGUAAAUGACAAAGAGUUCGUCAGCAUUAUCGGGCCGAGUGGCUGCGGCAAAAGCACAUUGCUGAAUUUUAUUGCCGGUUUGCAAGAGGUGCAAUCCGGCUCAAUUACCCUUGCCGACAAUCAACACGGCGUGGGGCGAAGCCUCGGUUACAUGUUCCAGCAGCAUGCGCUUUUGCCCUGGCUCACGGUGCAACAAAACGUGGCGCUUGGAUUGGACAUCGCUGGAGUUGCACAGUCGGAGCAGCAGCAGCGCACCAGCAAAAUGAUCGCUGAAAUGGGUUUGGCGGGUUAUGAAAACCAUUUUCCUUCACAGCUUUCAGGCGGCAUGUGUCAACGCGUCUCACUGGCUCGUACGCUGGUGACCAAUCCCGAGCUGAUCUUGAUGGAUGAGCCUUUCGGCGCCUUAGAUGCGCAGACGCGGAUGUUUAUUCAGCAAAUGUUUAACGCCUAUUGGGAAGACCACAAAAAAACUGUGCUUUUUGUGACCCACGAUUUGGCUGAAGCCAUUUAUUUGUCAGAUCGCAUUGUAGUGAUGGGAGCACGCCCUGGUCGGGUGGUGGCUGAGUACGAAGUAAAUAUUCCACGGCCACGAGACUUUGACUCAAUGCGUACGUCGCCAGCAUUCAACGCCUUACACAAUGCAUUAUGGCAAGAAAUUAAAACUUACACGCGGUUGGGAG